GUCUCUUCAGUUCGUGGUCGUAUCGAGGCCGCCGAACACGCCUUAGAAAGCAUACAACAAGCCCGCGAUCGGAGUGAUUUACUGUGGUCUUCCCGUGUCGCACAAUUACAGGCAGAGCUUGACGAUUCUCGUGUCUCGGGGGAUCAAAUCCGGUCCACUCUGAGAGAACGGUUGCAGAAGAGUUUAGAGGCUCAGCAAACGAAAGAUACAGAGUUGAGGAAAUUACAAACCUUGCUCGACACCGCUAGUCGUGCUGCAGAGGAAAAACUAGAGAAAAUCGAACGCUUGGCCAGUGUUCGAGAACAAGCUCUGCAAACCAAGAUCGCCCAACUUACACAAUCGCUGACGAAUACUACACUCGCUAAAGAGUGCUUGGAGGACAAACUUGCACAACAGUUGAAAGCAAACGAGGCCUACCGUAAGGCUACUGAAGAUGAGCUGGAUGAGCUGAGAGACAAAUUGAGCACAUUGUCAGCUUCCACUGCAUGCUCAAUUGCGGAAAAAGCUCACGAACACAGUUUAGUUGAAGAACGUUUGAACACUGAGAUAGCCCAACUGAAACAACUCAACGAGGAAAAGACACGUCACGCAGCUCAAUUGCAAGGCUUUUUGGAAAAAUCUCAAGCUCAGUUAACUACACAGUCGCAACAGUUAAAAGAUGCCCUAGCUCUGUCAGAGUCGCGUAAAAUGGAGCUCAAUGAUUUGCGAUCGGAUCAUUCGCAAACGAGAAUACAACUCCUGGAGCUGCAAGAUCAGCGCAACGAAGCCCAAGAUCGCUUGAAACAUUUAGAACACACUGUCUCCGAUCUUGAAACCCGACUAUCUGAAUCCGACGUAGAACGAACGCGAACCGAAAAUCGUUGCACCCGACUUGCUUCACAGAUCACGGAGUUGGAAACGCAGAUGCAACAAAAGACGGACAGACUUCGUGAUCUACAAAUAUUAAUCGAUUUCACGCAACAAGAAAAAGCUGAUUUUGAACGACGUUCGAUCGCCCUGCACGAACAGCUUCGUCAAAUGGAAUCAGACUGGAUGCAAAGUCGGGACCAGUUGGCUCAAACCAGAACAGCUUUGGCCCAGGCUUUACACCAGCAGCACGAGACCACCCUACAACUUAUGCAAGUCAAAUUCAAUUAUGCACAGGCAACUGAGCGACUUGCGUUACUACAAGCUGAUGAUUUCAAAGUUCGACGAGCUUUCCGCUCUGCUCUGGCCUUGUAUCCUCAUUCGCGUCCAACCAGUCUUCACGACUGUUCCACAGUUAUUGACACCCCUUUACACGAGGUUUCAACCAUUUUUGACAACCCGGUAUCUGACCGACUGCACAUGUCUACCUCCGGAAUAAUGAGUUGCACAAUGACGGCUCCGGUUGAUCGAUUGGAUACCACGGAGUCCGAAGGAAUUGAUGGGACUAAGCGAUCAUUGUCCCGUACCUCAGACACAAAUCGAGAGGAAGUGGCAGUGCAAACAAACGGCACCCUGGUUUCGCGUCGGGAUGCUCAAGUUUCUUGUUCCGUCGGUCGAAAGUUCACUGAGUGUGGUCUCAAGUCCGUCCUGUGGCCUCCAUAUGCAGACGUUACUGCUCCAGUCAGUCCGGCCGGUUUACGUAACAAUGACGUGCUUUCAGGUGCUUCCCCGCAACGACAUUUGCGCCGCUUCUGUCGUUUGAUCAUAGCUCCGGAUGAAGAACAGACAAAUAUGCCUUUAAACGACAUGCUUUCCCGGCCAAUACCUCAGGAUGUUGAAGUGGAUAAAGAGGCUGGUGAACCAGUUUUUUCCAGCCCAUCUAAGAGAAGCCGUGCUGUUUCACCGUUACAGUCGUCCCAAUCCGUGAUGCCUACAGCCAGCGCUUCCAGAAACACGGCUGAUGAUUCUAGAUUAUCCACGCAAACGUCAUCCGAUCCGAUUCCUUACAUUCCGGAAACUCCUUUGCCAUGGAAUGCCACUAGCACGUCUUGUAUACGCAGUUUCAGUGCUUAUGAUAUCGCAAAGUAUCCGGUUGCCACACAUCACUUAACGAUCCAAGUGGACACGUUGCCCAAUUCAUCCGAAUCGAACUCUGUACAGACCGCACAACCCGUGCGUCAACCUUCAUGGAAUCAUACCCCGCGGUCGCAAUCGAAAAAAAUCUCGAGAUUUUGGAAAGGCAACAAGUUACGCAAAUUCUCCGGAUCCGGAACAACGAAUCAUGAUCCAGCAGAUCGCCUCAACCAGUCCGGUCCCGAAGUGUUCCGUAAACCUCCUGCUCCUCUUCCCUCUAAACACAAUGCUUCGAAGCUAGCCCCAGUUACGGAUAACGCUGCCACUUCAAUCACCCCCCAGACUCCGUCACGUUCGAAGCACUCGAAAUUACACGGAAUAUUUCCUAAACCACACUGA